GUUAAGCCCUCGGUCGAAGAAGAGAUCUAUAACCAGCUCAAGCCUAUUGAUAAACCCAGCUUUUUGUUUGGCAAAUGGGAUGGUGGUUUUUUGAAUGAUGGCCAUGCUGAAAUUCCAGGCUUGAAGGAAAUUCGCUGGGUCGGCAUCAAUUUCUUUUCGGAAAGAGAUGUGGAGCCAGUAGUUGUAUUAAAUGAUGCGGGAGAGCAUGUUUGGUACGAGAAGCUAGGACGUGCACAGCUACGUCAAAUAGUAUUUCGUGGCGUUUUAUCCACAGCCAUGGUAUACGAUGAUAAUCCUACCAUUGACCAUAUGCGCUAUGUCAACGAUGACUUGGUGAUGGGUGCUUCAGAUAUCAAGGGAUCGGAGGAAAAUGGCAUUUUUUACUUUUUCUUGCAACGAAAAAAGGAUUAA